UUUCACCCCUGUGAUCGUCGAUCGGAUGCCGAUGCCGCACAAGAACAAGAGGCGCCGCCGACGCACGAGUCCUUCUCUUCAACAACAACUCUCCCGCCCGCGCCUUACUGAAGAAGAUGGCGCAUCUGAUUCCCUUGUCGAUUCCGAUAGCAGCAGCCGUGUGGGGGAUGGAGGCUCUCCGCCGCCCGAUCUCCCCGACGAGCCUGUUGUGUCCUCACCAGAGCCAAGGUACUCCUACCAUGAAAUGAUCGCCAUGCGCCUCGCUCGAUUGCGGUUACCAGACGGCACCGACGGCUCCGACUUGCCCGGUUUCCCUUCCAGUGAAAUUCUCCUAGCCCUUACUCGUACAUCUUUCCACACUGAUGAAUCGCGAGCUGCUUGGCUAGAAUACCAGUGCCAGAUUUUCUUGAGCGAGCCCCGCGGACCAGAUGGAGAAUCAUCUGAUUCCCCGUCCCCGCCCCUUGUUGACAUGGGGGGUUCCACUUGUACUAGUACUAUACCGGACAUUGGUAUCACGGAUGAGGAAUACAUGGCAGACUGUGAAACACUAGCGGCUCGCAUCCCUGAAAUUGACACUUACCAUGAACUGGAACAAGACGAGACCAACAAGCUCCAUCUCAAGCAUGCACUUUAUCGCAUCAAAGCUUGCCUGCUGUUGAAAGGAAAGCCACUUGACGAGCUGGAUGAUGUUGAAUUGGAACACAAGUACCCUCCAGAGUUCAUCGUGGAGAACAAUUACUUUUUUCACUACGUCCGAGAUGGCUUAUUUGGUUGGUAUUUUGAUACUGACCUCUGUUACAAAAAGUACUUGACCGACUACCAGCGGCUAGUCCUUUUCAAUGAUGGUGGCGAUGAGUAUACAAGCUGGAAGAGAUACGUAGAAUAUUAUAGCACCCCUGAAGCUGAUAGAGAUUAUCUCCAGUACUGGGAAACAAUUGUGAAGGAACUUAAAUGGUUUGAACAUCAUGUGCUGAUAAAGGAGUCUUCUUAUGAGUGGGCGGAAAUACGUUCAAAGGCUAUGCUCCAAGCACUUAGGAUCGCUGUUGGGUUUCCCAAUAUGACUAUGGAACUGGCAGCUAUUGGUUUCCAUGAGUAUAUAUGGAAGACGCGCAUAAAUCUCAUGUUUGUGAAAGAUCUUGAUGGUAUCUUUUUGAGAUUUGGAAGCGGAUCCAUGAGGAUCAUCAGUGUUGUCUAUUUUUCUUUGGACAUUGUUCAGCUGCGUUUCAGAGAUGCUCUGGAUCAAGUUUAUCGUGAGAAUUUGUUUUCAGCACAUGACCGCAGUAUGAAGUAUGAGCUAACUUAUGGCGAUUCCCAAAUGGAGCUAAAAUUUCGUAAGUGCACGGAAGGCAUUAGUCACAGUGUUCCAAAGUAUAAAGCUCGUGAGCUGAUUGCACAUGCAAUUCGUUGGACGCGUCGGUCGUCAGGAACGUAUGAGCAAUAUGCCAGGAAGAAGCUGAGGAUUGCAGAACUGUUGGGAUUGAUUUCCAAGGACAAGAUAGAAGCUGCGUAG